AACAACGUGACUUUAGUUCUGUUGUAGAAAAGAGAAAAGGUUAUGUCAGUCACUUAGUUACUUAUUCAUAUACGAAAUGUAUUAACAGUAUUAUAUUGAGCUACACAAUUCUGAUACUGACUGCAAAUUCAGUGAACUUAUUGUAAAGAGCAAAAUUGCACAAGAGAGUGUUGAUAACGAGGAUAGUGCUCUCUUGUAAUAGUUCAUUACCAGUAAUUAAUUAUACUCUUCGCCAAGAUCAAUCAACUCUAUCUACGAGAAGGGUUUUACUAUAGUAACAGCUUUGGUGUUGAAGAUUUCAAAUAUCUGUAAGAAUGGCAGGACACAUAAUUCGCCAACUCGAAGAAAGACAUUUGGCCGUCACAGUUGAUUUGAUGGUGUGGUCGAACAAAAUGGAUCUUCUAGCUCUUUCCAACAGUAAAGGAGAAGUAUCCCUGCAUCGACUGACAUGGGAGAGAGUAUGGCUGCUAUCUCCACCUACAGCGGAUAUGGUUGUACGUAAACUGGCUUGGAGACUAGAUGGCCGUGUUAUUGCAGUGGCAUACGUGCCCAAAGUGAUCGCGGUUGGACAAGAAGUGAAAGGAGAGGUGAAACUGAUCGACGUUGAGAACAAGGAUAUCUUACAUUCAGUCAUAUUAUCAGACGACGUGUCUUGCUUAGUCUGGUUGCAAGGGAAACAGUUUCAAAACCAACAUUUUAGUGGUUGCUUCAAUCACAGACAGGAUGAAAGUGAUUUCUUGCCAAAACUUCCUCCCUUUUCAAGAACUGAAAGUGAUUUCUUGCCAGAACUUCCUCCCUUUUCAAGAACUUUGGACUCACUGCUAUUCAAUAUCAAAGAGAAUAUAGACGAUACUAAAAGAACUAAGAAUCAAAUGCAACUGAAUUUUUUAUUGAUUGGAACCUUUAAUGGCAAUUUACAUUUGAGUGUAUUUGGAAUGUUCUCCUGUGGUUUGAUUAAUAUAAACAAGUAUAUGGCUGAUACUGAAAAGGGAAAAUAUGCCUCUGUCUUAAAUGCAGAAAUAAGUCCUGAUAUGAAAUCAUUGCUCUUAUUAGUGGCAGUCGAUGAAAGAAAAGUUUACGCGGAAACUGUGAAAGCGAAUAGUGGGGACUCCAAAACCGAUAAUACUGAAGUAGAAAAAGAUGAUGAAAAUGAAAAUGCCGACAAAAAAUCUGCUGAUGAAUUUGAACUGGUCAUUGGCAGAGAAUACAAAGUAGUUAAACUAGAUACAAGAGUUUUAUCAUCCAUGUCUGGUGAGCUUCAUGCCCUUUCUUUAAAGCAUGGAUAUAUCAUAUCUCUUUUAGAUUACUUAUCCAAAACAAUGCGUUCAAUAAUUGAAGCAUGGGAAAACAUGUAUAUCCUUGAGAUUGAAUCAAAACUUUCAAAAUAUACAGCAUCUCUACCAGAAGGUACUGUGUCGGCUGAUUUCUUAGAAUUGUUAUUAUUUGGCAAGCCUUCAGAAUCUCUUGAAUGUUUUUUAAUGGAAGACUUGCAUGACAAGGGCAUAGAUACAUCGCUUGGCCAAUCUAUUAAGCUAAUCCAUUCUAAUAUACAAUUAAUAUUGAAUCAUCUCUUAUCUGCAGGACAAAAUCUUGCAUAUCACUUAGCAGAGAUGAAAGGAAUGGCCAAACUUACAGAUCGUUUCAAAGUUUUGGGAUUGGAAGAAGACAUUUUAGAUGAAGCAUUUAGUGCAGCUGGAGCUUUCCUCAUCAAAGGAAUGGAAGUUCAACUCGUCAUAGAAGAGAGUAAGAAGAGGUACGGUGCAUUUUUUAAGUGGCUGUAUGCUAUAAUCUUAAGAAUGACAGAUGAUCGUAAUACAGACCACACAAUGUCAGAUUUAACCACAGAAGAUUUAGAGUUAAUUGCAGAUUACUUACAUAAGCUUGAUAUUAGAACUGCUAAGGAUGGAGUAACAAAACGGCACGGUUAUUUGGAUCAUAUAGGUCAAUCCUUGGUGACCAUAGAUUUAACUGUUCCUAACAAUAUAGAACACGACAAUUUAUGGCAGCAGUUGUUGCAAAAGAAUCCGCGUCUUCAAGAUAACGUUUGUAUUAUUAAAAAGUGUAAAAAUACACCCCUGCUUCAACAACAUGGCAGGUUGAAUGAGGUCGUCAGUAAUGUUUUCAAAACUCCGGAAUAUACAAUAGGAAACAUGUUUCAGUUGGAUAAAAUUGUUGAAAUAGGUAAAAUUGCGAUCAAGAGGUUAUCUAUGUGUUUACUUGACAAUAAUAUGAUUCUGUUGAGUCUUGUUGAAUCAAACUCACCAGACAGAUUGCAGUUGAUUCAGAUCGCAGCUAAUGGAAAUAAAUCUGACAUUAAAGUAAAAACCGUGUUAUUUAAGGAUAAAGAUGAAGUUGUAAUGAAGUGUUUGGAUGUUCAGUUUUAUCUUCCUGAUGUAUUAUCGGUUCUUCUAGAAGAAACGGAUGAAGAUAGAAAUGCUGUCAUUGUUCAACUGAAAAGCAAAACCAUUUACGACAGUACACUAGACGUAAUCGAUGGCAAUUCAUUAACAGGUUCUGUAGUAACGUGUCAAAUCCCAGAUAUGGUAGCUUCAAUUUUUGCUGUUAGUGGAACUCGGAAAGUAGCAAUUGUUUUAUCUAAAGACCGAAGGAAAGUGAAGCUGUUUGAAAUGGAAGGUGAAGAUGAAGAUAAUGAUGAUAUUGUUUUAAUGGAAACUCCAACGAAUUUUGUAGAAGCCCCAACAGUUGAUUGUAGAUUAGAAAACGCAGAAACAGUUGUUGAUGAGGAUGAGAUCGAUUUUAAUGAUUUACACAAAUUAAUUAUAGAUGCCAGUAAAAUCUCUUUAGAACCUAAUUUAAGUAUUGCGUCUCAUAUAGAAGAAGGAGGAGGCGACAACUGAUGUGUUUAUCUUCCUAAUACUGAUUCUCUGGUACUUGGUUGUUGUGUAAUGGAGUACAAAUGGAGAAAAUAUAUUGCGAUAUAAUUCGUUGUAAGAUACUGUUUGUCAAUUGUGACAUGCGGUUUAAAAAUAUUAUAAAAAUAAUACUAAUAUGGAUCUUAUAUUAAUUUGUGGUUUCUUGUAAUCGUUAUAUUAAAAAUCCUCAACGAUCAAUAUUUUAAACGUUUUUAGUGAGUGUAGUCUUUCGAUAGCAAGGCUACCUUAUUCAGACACCCCAUAAAAGUCAAUACAAAAAGUAUAAGUGAAACUUUUUAAAUGUUGGUUGUUGUGAAUUUGUAAUAUAGUGAUAAAUAAUACUACUAUAAAUGGACAUGUAUUUUGUUAGUAUCUAUACAAGAUUGAGACAUUUCUGAACGCCACAGGAUUGUCAGAUGUCCAAAAUGGUUUCUCAACGAGCACCUAAGGUAAAGCCAACCUGUGUAUACUAUUUAUAUAAUUAAUUAAUAUCAAUAAUAAUAAUUAACCGAUUAAUAUAAUAAAUUGGUUCAGCAAUUCCAAAUUUUAAAAACUUUGCCAUUAGUACUAUAGUUAUAAUUUAAAUCUAACAGGUAGUUGGAAAUCAAUGUCGAAAAUACCGUACAACAAAACGUAUGAGUGGGUAUACACGCGUAAAAGUUAUUUAUUUUCUUGUUUUGUUUUGAGUUACCCUAACUACAUUUAAUCAGUAUAAAUAGUAAACAGUAUAGUAGAAUUUAUAUAAUAUUUCCCAGUCGUAAACUUCAGCUUUUUCCUCCAAGAUUAACAAUUACUAUUCCGACCUAUACAUAGCACUGCUAUUUCAACAUACUUCGUGAAACCCAUAACUUGGUACAACAACAGUAGAAUGUAACCCGGAUGUAACAAAUCACGAUCAAGGGCCAAUUCGGUUGAAUCUUAAUCUUUCAUUUGUUCCUAUACUAAGAAUUAAACCUGUGAUAUCGAGGGCACAUUUGAUAGGCUCUGAAAUAUGGGCUAAUUUUAAAUCAGAAGCGGUCACUGAUAAGGAAUAAGAACUCUGCCCUCUUUUUGAUAAAUAAUAGAGCUAAAUAAGUCUUAUCAGCACUCAUUUCAUAGUUAUUUUCUUGUCCCAGUUGAACCAAUUAGCUAUCUUCAUUGUUAAAAAUCCUAAACCCAAUUUGCCUGACCAAACUUUUGACUCUUCAUCAGCAUUUACUACAACGUAUUUUGUAAAAAUUAGUAUACUAAUAGUUAAUGGACUAUAACAGUGUUUAUUCUAACGUUUAUGUUGUAAAUAGAAGUUAAGCGCGACAUGAUCAAACGUUUUUCACAAACGUUCAGUUACUUUUGAUUCGAACAAUUAAUUAAUUGGAACAAAGUUUUAACAAAGGUACUUGUAACACAAUAACCACUAAUCCUCAAAACCAAGGACGAAGUGAUAAUUUCAUAACUUCAUUAGAAUACCGCAGACUGUGACGUUAUGCGUUUUUUUUUUUUUUCAUGAAACGCAAUUAAUGCCACGAUUGCACGCACAAUUAUAGGGUUUCCCAUCUUUUGUAAUAGCGAAAUAUAAAAUAUGCAGUUGCUAUAUAAUGUUAAUGCCGUACAAACUAUUUGUUUUUGGCAUACGUCUGAUUCUUCGUAGGCUACUUAUGGGUGCCAUCUAUAUCUGACUUUUCGCAGGUUUACGAAUGUAGGACGUUAGGUUGGAUGAAAGUGUUAGAUGCGAGACUCUUAUUCAGUUUCUUUUACAGAAACGUAUAUUUAAUGUCAAAAUUCAAUUUUGUAUAAUAGCUAACGAAUCUUAGCCGAAAACAUCGAAGACUAAAUUCAAAUUGUCUGUUAAGCAUCUAUAACUAUACAAAAGAGUUAUAAAAAAUGUGUUUAAUUAUAGUUUAAGUCUAAUACCUAUAGAUUGAUAAUUUACUAACACUGAAAAUAUUAUCAGGGUAUAUUUUAAAAUUAGUUACAAUAUUGAAUACUCAAAUAUGUUUUAUUAGUUUAGGUGUCUAAAAAUAUUAUACUCGUAUAAAAUUAUUUGCAAACAAAGUGCAUUUUUUAAAUUCAGAUUUAUUGUCAAUUCUAACAUUGCGCGUUUGUUACAGAUUUAUGUCAUAAGCUUCUUAAAUAUAAAAACUCGAUAAUGUAUAUAAAAUCCUUUGCUUUUUACAAACUACUGGAACUGGAUAAUAUUUUUUCAACUUACCUUGAUAAAGCGCUUGGUCGGAGAAAUAGGAAAAUACCGGUGGGAUGAAAUAAACACACAGCCACAAACAACAACUGAGCAUUUUGAGAAGUGGCUGUCUUCCUAAACUCAACCACCGCAACUGCCUCCAGAAUUGUCAACAAUUACCUCGCCACAGCCACCGACCCACCACUUAGUUGCGGGUUUCCCCGAUAGAUGGCAGUGUUGCCAAGGUCAAGAUCUGGGGUCGCGGCCGUCGUCGCUUGGGACGUGUCGUAUUUAUUCUGAAGGAAAUUAGUAGCGACAAAAUUCCUGGAUUCGAGUUAUUCACGGCGAGUAUUACAAGCCCAUUGUAGCAUGAGAGUUAGAACCAGUUCUCUUCCUCACCUAUUUAUAGGAAGAUGGCGUGACCUGGGUUUUACGUGGAUACAGAUUUAUUCAGAAUCCACGUUAUAUUCAAAUUCUGUUUCCCUUACUUCUAUAACUUUGGUACAGAUUAGUUUAUCCUGCCAGCAUGCUCUUAGAAAACCCUUGUAGUUUGUUGCUCGCACCAUGGAAAAUUAAAUUAAAUUACUGUAUUGUAAAAACUUCUACUACAAUGAAUUAAAUCUAGCGAUUUUUAUGACAACUAAUAAAGAAAUUAUUUAUCAAUCACGUACGUGUUUAACAACCUUCAAAAAGUGUUUCCAAUAGUUGGAUGUUUAAAUAAAGUAUAAAUUUUCUUUUUCGAAAAGCUAGAGCUAAGAGAAAACACUGUUCAGUACGUUAGAUACUUAUUCUAGUAAAGUAAUCGCUUUAAAAAUAGGGAAAACCUAUUCAAUUUUAUAGAAAAUAUUGAUUUGUAAUGUUUUCUCUUAUCCUUACAGGAAAUAAUGAUUAGAACUAAAGGUGUAUGAUGCACGUUUCAAAGUUUUUUGAGAGAUUUUUUCACUAAAUAAACCAAAAGUGCAAUCUUUCACAAGUGAAGUGGAAAGCUUUAAUCAGACACGUCUGUUUAAUAUUAGUAACACAACCAGAUUACUAAAUUACUUAUUUUAGUAGCUACAAUCUAAAAAUCCAAAAUAUGUUAGCUCUUGUGUUUAAAAACAACAUACUAUCUAGCGUUUUAUUACUUGUGACAUGAAAUUAGUAGAUCAUCAUUGGUGUUAGUAACAAUAGAUUUUUAUUGCUAGUAACAAAAACAUAUUACUAGAAUGUAGUUACUAGUAACUACAUAUUACCUUAAUGUUAUUAGUAACAAGAAGAGAUUACUAGAUAGUUGUUUCUGGUAAAGAGGUUAUACUUUAUUAAACCCUCAUUACACACUUUUCAUUUAUAUUCAGUUUAACACAUGUACUGAGGUAUGUCAAGUCAAUUUGGUAACAGGUUGUUAAAGCAGACUUUAGCUUUUAUUUCCAUGAAUCCAAGAAACUUUGUGAUGUUAACAGAUAAUAGAGUGUAUAAUCCUUCCCCACCACUCUCUCUCUCUCUCUCUCUCAGUCCCAUCUCCAUACAGUAACGAUCCUGCAAUCUUAAUGAUAGUCUUUAUUUCAAGUUCCAGUUUUAGUGUGGAAGACAACCGUAAUUAAUGAUUACUACAGUGUAAUAGCAUUAAAAUAUUUCACAACUCAAAUCCCAUGUGUAUUGAGAGAGAACAGGAGACUGCAGACUUCAAAAAACUAAGGGAGUACUUUGGUACAUAUCACUCGAAAUAAUGUCAUGAACUAAAUAACUGUACAAACUAUUGAAGUUAGCAGCUGAAUGUUUAACAUUUUCAAUAAGAUCAGUCAAUUAACACUUUAUAUGUAAUUUUAAGGCAAAAGAUAAAAGAUGUCAUGUACAAUCUUUGUGCAUUAUUGCCCAUAUCCCAAAACAAAUUAAUCCAAAAAAUUGUAUUGCAUAAGCUUACAUAACAUAAAUGAAGGCUUGGGAACAUAAUAACUGCCUGAUUCAAACCAAAUUUGGUACAGAAUAAACACUAACAUGCUUUGAAUAAUUUCAUUAGCCAGCCUUAUACAGUAAACAGUUUCAAGAUGAGGGUCAAAAUAUUUAAAAAUUUGUGUUAACCGUUUCUUUUUUGACCUGGAAUGAACCAGAAACCUAAGAUGUUAGGUAUAAUUUCAGAGUAAAAAUAACCUGUGGUUUAAAUUUUAAAUUUGUGUUGUUAUAUAAAUUAUGUGUGUAAUUAAGUGUUAAAGUGUGUAAUAAAUUGAAGUCUGUCAUUUGGCCAGUGUAAAUGUUUUAACGACUGUUUGUUUAUUAAGCUGUUGUUUAUUGCCAUUUAAGUUACAGAACCAUUGUUUAAGAAAAUGGUCAUUCUGCACAUAAACCUUUUAUCUUACCAAAAAAGAACCAUUUGGAAUGUAUUAAGAGUAUUUUGUACAAUUUAUUGCAAACCAUUGUUGUUUUUAAUUGCCUUAUUCACAAAAAAAACUGGGACAGAGACUGCUAUCUAGAUCACUCUUUUUUGUGUUUAUUUAAAUGAGCACUCAAUACUAGGAACAAAAAUAAGUAUGUUAAUUAAAUGCAGCAAUCAGUAUCAUAAGUAUUUUAACUACCACAGGGAAGUGUCAUGUUUGUGUCAAAAACAUGUUUUCAUGCCAUGAAUAUCAAAGUGGUAUGUAUAUAAGUAGUAUAAGAAAAGUAACAUUGUAAGUCUAUAUAAUGUUUCUGAGUUUUAUUACGUAUCAUUUUAUUGUUCUCAAUAUUGUUUUAUCUACUUUUAGUUAUGUAAUCUAUGUGUAGACUAUGUAUGACACAUUUGUAUUUUAGAUAUAUAUUAUAUUAUAUAUUGUAUGCUAAAAAAUUCUUGAUUUUUGAAGUAAAAGUUAUAAGAAAACCACAAUUAUAUUGGUUUAAGAGUGAUA